UGGUUGCGUCUUCUUUGAUCUUUCUAAAUUUGUUAAGCAAAAGCAAAGUCAUCAUGUAGUUGGUUGCGUCGUUUUUAAUCUUUCUGAAUUUGUUAAGCAGAAGCAAGGGCAUCACGUAGCUGGUUGCGUCUUCUUUAAUCUUUCUGAAUUUGUUAAGAAGCAAAGACAUCAUGUAGAUGGUUGCGUCGUGUUUAAUCUUUCUAAAUUUGUUAAGAAGCAAAGACAACACGUAGUUGGUUGCGUCCUGUUUAAUCUUUCUAAAUUUGUUAAGGCAAAACAAACACAUCAUCUAGUUGGUUGCGUCAUUUUUAAUCUUACUGAACCUGUGAAGAUGGAGUUAAGAGAAGAAAGGAAUAGCUACUACAUUCAGAAAAUACUUUCAGAUGUUGUUACGACGAAACUUACUGAUUUAUUUAUCCAAGAGUGGAACAUUCAUUACGGAGUAUGGGAAAAUACAAAUAUUAGUGGUCAGAAGUUGUUCAAUAUUGAAAGAACAAAAAGGAGACCUUUAGACAACCAUAUUUUGUCAAAAUUUCAUGUGGGUGACACAAGUAAGUGGGAUUGUACAACACUAUUUGCAGCAAUACUGUAUUCCAACUCAAUUGGAACAAAAGUUAACCCAAAAGUUAGAUCUGCAGUUGAUGCACUUCGUAUUGUUAGAAACAAAUUUAUUCAUGAUAAUUCUGGAAGAGUAUCUGAUACCGAAUUUGACAAAAUCGUUUGUGAUAUUGAAAAGUCAUUUAAACAUCUAGCAAUUUCAUUCACUGAAAUUAAUGAAAUUAAAUGUCAACGAAACAGAUUUAAUUCUUUUCAAGUACUUCCUUGCAAAGCAAAUCACGAUGUGGCUAAACGUACAGAAGUACUUAAUCAAAUCACAGCAGAUCUCACUAACUUGCGCAGUACUAACAAUAAUGAACUAACAUAUUACUAUAUUUCUGGUAAUCCUGGCAGUGGUAAAUCUCAAUUAGCUAGACAGAUUUGCGAAGAAAUGUAUAACUCGUUUGACUGGGAAAAUCAAACAACAUUUGUGAUGACACUCGAAGGAAAAGAUAUUGACUCUCUUUUGAAAACUUAUGCUGAACUUUAUCAACGAUUAAGCAAUGAUAAAACUGUCAUUGAAAAUAUCUCGAAAGAAGAUAAGAGCACUGAAGACAAAAUCAAAGAUUUUCAAUUAUUGCUGACACAACAACUUAAAUCUUGGCAAUCAUGGUGGAUUGUUGUAGAUAACGUGGUUGAACUUGAUAAAAUUUAUCCAUUAUUACCUCAAGUUGGCGAUCAUAGCUGGAAAAAUGGUCAAAUUAUAGUAACUGUGCAAAAUACAGAUGCCAUACCACCAGAUGGAAAUCGAAAUAAACACAUUUCAGUUAGUCAUGGUAUGAACAAUAAAGAAUGUCGAGAACUUCUAUCUGAAUGGAGAAUAUAA